AUGGCGUCGAUGCUGGAGGCGCAGUUCACCAACCCCGUGGACACCAUUCAAACCAGGGAGCCUCUUGGAGCCUUGCUGGUGCUGCAGCGGAGCGGCUGUCUGCUCGUGGGCCACAUCUGCCGCGUGGCGCUCGGCGUGACGCCCUCCCGGGCACAGGUGGCAGCCCAGGCGGCCCAGCAAGAGCGGCUCACAGCUGACGCCUUGCAGCGCUCGGCCCAGGCUGCAGCUGAUGCCCGAGCAGCGGCUGGAGUCUCGGCAUCAUCAGCUCGGGAAGCGGCGAAGAAGGCGCCGUCCGAGGCCAACCCGGACAACGUCGAGCUGUGCAGCACGACGGACCAGGUGUCCAAGGUGAUCGUCAAGAAGGCGGACUCGGAGAUCACCACGACGCACUACAGCCCGCACGUGAAGGCCAUGGGGUGGCCGGGCGCCCGACCCCGAUUCGGAGUGUUCUGA